CGGAGAUUUAAACCGCAUGUCGCAUGCGCAGUCAAAGUUUUGGAUUUCAGAUCUCAACGCACGCGCUCAAAUUUACAGAUAUGUUCGUGCCUCACCGUACACAUUUGUACACCGUUGUGUACGUGUACGGGCACCGCUGAUAGCCAACGUACAGCAGUCUCAUGUGAAGAGAGUGUUUAAGAAGACACUCGGGAGAACCAUAGAAUUCAGUUGUUCGUACGGAGUGCAGUGGUCAACUUGGCGCUUGACGCGCGCGGAUGAACAAAGCAAAUCGCGACGCGAUCGUCAAUAUAUUUCGGACUUCUAAUAAUAAUAAUUAAAAAAAAACAAAAACAAACAAAAACAAAAACAAAAAACACAAUCGCAACAAUUUCAUUCAAAAUUGCUCAAAUAUGUGCAAAAGCACGACGAAAAAAUCGUCGGAUCGCAAAACAGUCGCCGCUGGGUGUGUCCUGGACCGUUCUUAUGGAAGAGGGAAGGAACAGCAGUGAAUCGACGGAUUUUUCGAAGAUGCCGAUGAUCGGCGACAAGUUUCGAGGACAGUUGUAGUUAACGUGUUCAACAACGGCGCACCGCACGGAAGACCGCACAGAGCAGACCGUCAUCAUGUUCUAUCCGCAAAGAGUGAUGCGACAAAUCUCAGAAAUCUCCUACGUGGGGAGUUUCAAAUUGAUAAGGAUGUCGACCAAUCGUGAAGGAGAGACUGCGGUGACCAUUCCACUGCAGUAUAAUGAGUCUCAUUGGAAAGCUAUUUUUGAGAAGUAUGAUCUUGACGGGGACGGGAAAAUAUCGCUACAAGAGCUGAAGGCGAUGAUUCGCGGUCCAGAGUUUCAGAACGAUAUUCCCGCCAAUGUGAUCCGCACAAUAAUGCAUAAAGCGGAUUUGGACGAGUCCGGUUACCUGGAAUAUCCAGAGUUCAUAGCUAUGAUCCACAGAAAGGAUAUGCAAAGUAUAUUUGGAAAUUUCAUACAACGAUAUGUGCACUCCAUGAUACCUCAACGACCAUCGCGCACAUUGAGACAGACUUCUGUGGGCUCGAGGUAUUAUCCCCAGCGACAAAUCAGUACCGUAACAAUGCCCGCACCAACAUCCACUCCUCCUCCUUCGAGCUUUGGCGAUUCUGUCCAGGCUACCAUUCCACUCAACCGUAAAUUAAGAUGCUCCACCGCACGUUUUACCGACCUACGGCCUCUCCAACAACAAACAAGUACAAUAACGGAAUCUUCUCUGUACUCUAGCGACUAUCCGGAUGGGCUGUACGAAGAUGAGUACAGCUGUCGACCGCCAGCCGUGGCAAUGAUAAUCAUAUCGAUCAUAGAAAUCAUUUUGUUCAUGUAUGAUGUGAUUAAGCACAAAUCUCUUUCUGUAGACGGACCGGCGGCUACGUUAUUUAUUUAUAAUCCGCACAAGAGAUACGAAGCCUGGCGAUAUCUGACGUACAUGUUUGUGCAUGUUGGUGUCUUUCAUUUGGUCGUCAAUUUACUGGUACAAAUCAUGUUGGGCAUUCCGCUGGAAAUGGUUCACAAAUGGUGGAGAGUGUUGAUAAUAUACGUAGCUGGUGUACUGGCCGGAUCACUCGGUACAUCCGUUUCGGAUCCUACGGUCUAUCUGGCCGGUGCGUCGGGCGGCGUUUACGCGUUGAUCACGGCUCACGUGGCGACCAUUAUAAUGAACUGGUCGCAAAUGGAAUUUGCCGUGCUGCAGCUGUUGGUGUUUCUUGUUAUUACGAGCGUAGACGUCGGUCAGGCCGUGUACAAUCGAUACGUGCUUGACACCAACGAUCAGAUCGGUUACGUGGCCCACUUGGCCGGUGCCAUAGCGGGUCUUUUGGUGGGUAUAAACAUUCUUCGAAAUCUCGAGGUGCAAACCUGGGAGAAAGCAGUCUGGUGGGCCAGCAUGUUUACCUACACAGGUCUCAUGACCGCGGCUAUCUUGUGGAACAUAUUGUACACUUCGUAUUACGAAUGAUAAUGUUCGCGACGCAUCGAUAUUUAUUGCACUCAAGUUAUUAUUUAUCACGAAUUUACAAUAGGAUUAAAGAAAAGUGUUGUUAUUCGUCUUGAAGAGAGAGAAAAAGAAAACUCUCAUCUUAAGAUUGUACAUAUAUAUAUUCGCUCUAUGUUUUGAUUAAUAUAUUAUGGAAAUGAUGGUUAAUAUUUUAUGUUGUCGUAACAUAAAAUAAUACAGCCUCGCAGAACAAAAACAGUAUAUUUUCAUACACGCGUGGCGCGCGCGCAAAGGAGCGAACUCCUUGAUUCUGCGGUCCUAUUCUGCAACUUUUAACGCACAAGUUACAAAUCUUUGCGCAGACGAAAUAUAUCAUCGAGCUAUAGAGCUGCGCAAUGAUGAGUAAACGAAUUUGUCUCGUUGCAGAAUAACAAAAGGGCUAAUUAUCAUUUAUUAUUUUUGUAUGUAUGCGUAAGUAGAAUUAAGCAACGCAGUAUUGUUUAAGUACACAUUUUCAAAAGCAAAUAGUAGAACAUCGCAUUCUGUGAUACUUUUGCUACGUGCGCUGCAACUAUUUGCAGGUUUGACAAAUUAAAAAAGCUAAGAAAUGCGGAACGUUAAUAUUUCUAUUUUAAGACUAUUGUCUCACUGUUUGGAAAUAGGUACGUGAAGUAAACUACCUCCAUUAAAUGCAAAUAAUCAUUAGAAAAGAGUCAAUUAAUCUUUCAUCAAUAUUUCGUGCGUUAUAGAGACACAUUAUGCAGGGUGUCCAAUUUUAAAAUAUGCAUCUAAAUAAAUCUGUAGGAAUUCGCGGUUUCACGAAAAAUGUAUUAAAACUUAACAAAAGUAUAGAUUCAAGGGGGACAAAUGAUGAUAUUAUCAAUUUUGUUGUAGAUAGUGCCACUUUCAAGAUUUCAUCAAGGCAGCCAGUUUUUUAGAAGAAAUUGAUUUUUCUUUGAAAAUAAAGUUUCAGCUGACAAUAAGACAAAUACAACGGUUUUUUGUUUUUUUAUUUUUUAUUUUGGAUCAUUUUUCACUGAGUUACAGCGUUCCAAAGUUUUUUAACUAAUUGAAUAUAAAAACGCUCUUACAGAGUGCGUGACCCCAAAUCACACUACUUUAGUCUCUCUUUUUCUCUCCCCCCCUCUCUCUCUCUCUCUCUUUGCUGUAUGUGUGUGUGUCACAGCAGAAGCAGAGAGAAAGAGAGGGAGAGAAAAAAAGAAAGAGAGACUGAAGUAAAGUGCGGUUUGGGGUCAUACACUCUGUAAGAGUGGGAGCGUUUUUAUAUUCAAUUAGUUAAAAAACGCUGUGAAAAAUGAUCCAAAACAAAAAACCGUUGUAUUUGUCUUAUUGUCAGCUACAACUUUAUUUUCAAAGAAAAAUCAACUUCGAUUAAAAAAAUGACCGUUAUGAUGAAAUCGAAAGUAGCGCCAUCUAUAACAAAAUUGAUAAUAUUAUUUGUCCCUCUUGAGUUUAUAUAACUUUUGUCACGGUCAUUUUUCGUGAAACCACGUUCCUACAGAUUUAUUUAGGUGCAUAUUGUAAAAUGGGACACCCUGUAUAUUCGAUAAUUUUGACGACACUUUGAACAUGAUAAAGUAUAUAAAAAUCUGUUAAAAAAUGUAAAGUUUUUUUUGAAAGAAUUACCAAAAACUAUAAUGUAUAAAAUUUACAUGUGUGUAUAUUUCACAUGCAAGAUAUUAUUGAUGCUUUGUCAUCAUAAAUUUCAAGAGAUGCCUUAUGACUAUAUAAUAUAUGAAACAAAAAUUAAAGAAUUAUUAUUAACUCGCACACACCGCGCGCACAUAAUUUUGUUUAAACACACAACGUAUGCGUGUUUAAACAAGAGAUAUUGUACAAAAAGAAAAUCAGUAUUUUUCAAUUAAUUUGCCACUGUUUCAAGAUAUGCAGUUACGAUUUUAAUAUAAUCCCAUUCAGAAUCGUUGCAACACGUAGUCCCGUGUGCCGAAGCCAACAAUUUCUUUUGUGUAUAUUACACUACUUAUUAAACUAAAAUAGAUUGUGUUAUAUUUAAACAAGGUGCUACGUUCACACACAGAUAUAAAAAGACUCUUGAAGUUAAAUUAUUUUAAUCGUUCUUGCGCACAACACAACGAUUGUUUAAUGUGUACCUGACUUGUGCGAGACGCAAAUGUAUUAAUUUAUUUAAAUGAUUUAUUAAAUGAUUAUUUUAACACACAGGAAGUUUAGCCUUUGUCACGUCUUGUGAUGUCUUUGUAAUACGAGCAUGCUUUGAAGACAAAAACCUGUAUUAUUUUUGACUAGACUGAUAAGAAAGUAAGAGAGAAUAUUGUUAAUAUUAUUCACGUGCUCUUUUGUUCGAACAAAUAUCACAUAUGUGUGAGUAUAUGUAUCUCGGUUUGAAAAAUGUUAAACUAUAUAUUUAAUCUCUUAGAGUUAAUCGAUGACAAGCAUUGCAGCUGACUGCAGCGUGGCUCCAAUGGUAUAUAUUUAUACAAUUUAAAGAAAAAAAAAAACAACUAUACAGUGUUCUAUGUUAGUUAUUUGGUGUAAGUUUCUAUAUUUUAAUCAAUUGCGAAACAGCGUAAAGUUGUUAUUUUAAUUCAAAAAGUGAUAAGGAGAGCAGCUAA